AUGGACGGCAACGCGCGGUGGGCGUCCGCGCGCGGGCUCGCGCCCUCGAUCGGGCACGAGCGCGGCGUCGAGGCGCUGCGCGAGGUCGUGCGAUGCUGCGCGGCGUGGGAGAUACCCGCGAUGACGGUCUUCGCGUUCUCGCACGAGAACUGGCGUCGCUCGAGAGAAGAGGUGGAGCACCUCAUGGCGUUGCUCCGCGAUUGCCUCCGCGACGAGCUGCCGACGUUGACGAAAGAAAACGUCCGCGUGUGCGUCAUGGGCGACCUCGGCAUGGUCGAGGACGACCUCCGACGCGCGGUCAGGGACGCGAUAGACGCGACGUCGAACAACGACGGCCUGCGGCUGUGCGUCGCGCUGUCGUACGGCGGCAGGCAGGACAUCGUAGCGGCGACGAGGGCCAUCGCCGCGGAGGCGUCGGCGGGGCUCCUGGACCCGAGCGAGAUCACGGAGCGGACGUUCGCGGAGCGGCUCGCGUCCGGGCGCGCGCUCCCGGAGCGCGUUCGAGAGCCGGACCUCGUGAUACGCACGAGCGGGGAGCAGCGGUUGAGUAACUUUUUGCUGUGGGAGAGCGCGUACGCGGAGCUGUACUUUUGCGAGAAGACGUGGCCGGAGUUUGACGAGGCGGCGCUGCGGGACGCGAUGGGCGAGUACGCGCGGCGGUCGCGACGGUUCGGCGAGCGGGCGUGA